CUUAUAAAUGUGUCAAUUCAUAUGUACUUUUCUGGAGAAUUACCGAAGAAGACAAGAGAUAUUUGAGUUGAAGAAGAGAAGAAAUAUUAAGGUUUUCACAGGUGGGAGAUGUGAGGAGUCUGGACACCUGGUUCGUGCAUGAAAUGGAUACUGGUGCGACCCUUUGAGGGACUGUCACAAUUGUUCUGAGAGCUGCACCACUGAAGAAGAAGAAGAAGAAGAAGACGACGACACGGAACUGUCCUGUGGAUUUAUGUCUCAGUACACUGUGUGUGACAAAACCAACAGUGUGACAUUUACAUUUUGAUUUAGUUUAAAGUGUCUACAUCAGCUGUUGUAGCUCAGUUUCCUCCCUCCAGUCAAAGAUGACAGAGAGGACCCCAUGGUGGAAGGCAUUCCUGCAAAAGAGGAAGACUGGUGGCCCCAAGGAUGCAGGUGCACCCCACACCUUUGGCCCGGACUUUGACCCCUUUGCACCACAUCCGGAGAAGCAAAAAGAACCCGCCGCAGCUGCCUCCAAGACCACUGGUGACCAGUCCCAAGGCACCAGCAAGAACUCCAGCCUACUCAGUGAUGAAACCUUUGACGACUCCCACCUGGAGUCGGUCUUCAACGAGCAGACGUGUCGCAGGAAAAUGAAGGUGUCGCGCUCGGGUCGAUUUAAAGAGAAUAGGAGGGUGCGCUCGAGCCUUCCUAUACAGGACAAAGAGACAGAGAAUGCGGCGUCAGGGAAAGAUGACAUACGGUGACGAGGAGGAAAAUGAGAGAGAUCAAAGACUGCUUUGCUUUACUACGAUGCUUGACAAGAAGGAGAGGGAUUUGAGUACAUGAAGAUGCUUGAAACUCUUGAGGCCUUCCAUAAGGUCUACUGUAUGUUGGUUGUGAUGGGGAUGAUGGACAUGACAAGGAACAUUCAACUUUUAGCCUAAAACUGCAAGUAUAAGGUUAUAUGGUACAAGACAUAUUGAAACCGAGACUUGUGUGUGAGAGACUCAGAAACAAAGAUAGGUGACACGAAAAGAACCAUUUGAACCAUUUUGUGAACAAUAUCCCAUAAUCAAAGCCCAAGUGAGGAGAUACAGUAGUAAUGCAGUGAGCACUUAAAGCCCCAGUAUAGCUUAAGUCCCACAGUGUCCCAGUUUUAGUCAUGGACGCUGUCGUCAUCAUUGGGCAACUCAUAAAAUGACCUACAACCUGUUUAAAAGCACAAUCAUUGAAUGUCAUUUUCUAGCAAUAUAUGCUUCAAGAAAAUAUUGUUUAUAAGAUGUUUACAUUAUUUCUGUAAUAAGAAUAAUAUAUGUUUAAUAAUGAAGGAUAAGUAUAAUGCUUUUACAAUGCUUUUACAAAAAACAUGUUGAUUCUAAAGGGUUAGAAGGAUAGAAGGAUGUUUUUUUAUUAAGGUGUAAAUGAUUUCAUUAAGUGUGGAAAAAAAAAAUCAGCUAGUGGAAGAAAUUAAGAAAUGCUUGUGAGUAGCUUUGAGUCAGACACACAACACUUGCCAGCAAAAUGCAUAAAACAUUAAAUGAAGGAAGAAAUCCGGCAUGUUUUAUAACAUAAUGGGUCCUAAACAAAGCUACUGAUAUUGAAGUAAGAAGUUAAUGUCGUGUUUAACUUGAAGGAGAUGUGGCCAUGUAGCUAAGGAAGUGUGAUCCAACCACUGAUGUAGUUUGCUUUACAGGACUACUGUAUUUUGGAUCACCUGUGAAAUA